UGUAUUGUUAAAAUGUAAAAGAUUUAACCAGACCUCACAGAAAAAUAACAUAUAAUCUUAAACAUCAAUUUGAUAAUCAACCAGGCUGAUGAUUCAACAACUCCCCAGGCUGCUCAGCUCAGCCCAUCAGGGGCCCAGAGGACGAGGCAGGCAUGAAUAUCAGGACACUUCUAGUGAGUUCAUUCAGAGGAGGAGGAGGAGGAAAUGAUGGGCGGAUAUCAAACAUUCAGUUAUGAUGUCUAACCACACCUGAUCUGUACGCAUCAGUCCAGGCUGUAGGAAGGUGAAAUCAUCGUAUUCUGUCGUUUGUUGUUUUUCCUGUUUCAGCAUGAACAGCUCCCAUCCCAGCGUCCCCGUCACCUUCACACUCUACAGCUCUCUUGGUGUUUAUAACUCUGCACUGGUCAUCUGCAUCUCUGUCCUUUACAUUUCAGGUUUGUGUGUCAAUCUUUUCCUCAUCCUGGUUAUUUGUGUUGAAUCUCGCCUUCACAAGCCGAUGUACAUUUUGUUGGUCAAUCUGUCCGUGAGCGGAGUGAUUGGCAGUUCAUCUGUGUGUCCGAGUAUCAUCAAACACCUCACGGUGAGCCGGCAGGAGGCGUCUCUGGAAGGAUGCUUAACACAAGCGUUCUUAACUAACGUGUAUGGCAGCUGUAUGUUUUGUCUGUUAGCGCUGAUGGCCUACGAUCGCUAUGUUUCCAUCUGUAAACCUCUGCUGUACCACUCCAUCAUGACCCCGGCUAAAGUCAAACUGAUGCUGCUGCUGGUUUAUUCCAUCCUGAGCUUGUCCUCAGGCAUCCAGGUGUAUCUGACAUCCAGACUCACACUGUGCAGACACACCAUCCACAAGCUUAUAUGUGACAGUUUAGUGAUUGCAAACCUUACUUGUAAAAAGACCACUGUGAUCAGUGUGUAUGGUCUGUGCUGCGCCAUCUGUCUCAUCAUCCUCCCUUUUGUUCUAGUUGUUCUGUCAUAUGUUCAUAUUUUCACAGUGAUCCUAAAGACCUCGAAGCAGUCUCAGUGGAAGGCGCUGCAGACCUGCACCCCUCACUUGGUGGCAUUUAUUAAUUUCUCCGUGGCCUCCUUCUCUGGUUUCAUUUAUAAUCGUGUAAGUCAUCAAGUUCCAAAAACAGUCAAUGUCUUUACAGGUCUGAAUUUUUUUGUCAUUCCUCCUCUGCUGCAUCCCAUAAUUUAUGGUAUUAAAAUGCAAGAGGUUCGACAAAGUAUACACAAACUGAUGCAGGAGAAAAAUAUACAUCUGUGA